AUGAAGGAUGCUGCAGCCGAGCUUCUCGGACACCGAGAGGCUUUGAAGUGCAGACUAGGGGGGACUGACUCUGGACACCCCGGCGAUCUUACUUCUGCUACAAAGACUGUGGAAGGGACCACUCUGCUCCCCGGGGAAGAUAUAAGCAAUGGUGGAUCCAAUCCUAAUAAAAUGCAGCAGGUCAAAGCCAAAGACCAAGAAAAGCAGCAACAGCAAAUCUCUAAUAAUCAAUCGGGUGGUCAGCAAAACCAACAGAAACAGAAACGCCACAGGACCCGCUUUAAUCCAGCGCAGCUGAACGAACUGGAAAGGAGCUUUGCUAAAACCCACUACCCUGAUAUCUUCAUGAGAGAGGAACUUGCAUUACGGGAACUUGCAUUACGGGUUGGUUUAACGGAGUCACGGGUUCAGGUAUGGUUCCAGAAUCGACGUGCAAAAUGGAAGAAGCGCAAGAAGACAACCAACGUUUUCCGGGCGCCGGGUACUUUGCUGCAAACACACGGUUUGCCUCAGUUUCCGUCUGCGGCCGCGGCUGCGAUGGGCGACAGUCUCUGCUCUUUUCAUGUCAACGACACGCGCUGGGCCGCGGCUGGGAUGCCUGGAGUCUCACAGCUGCAGAUACCGCCUGCGCUGGGCCGACAGCAGGCGAUGGCACAGUCCCUGUCCCAGUGCAGUCUCGGAGCUGGCCCCCCACCAAACUCCAUGGGCCUUUCCAGCAGCUUAUCGUCAAAUGGUUCCGGUCUUCAAUCGCAUCUGUAUCAACCCACAUUUCCAGGGAUGGUGCCCGCUUCCCUCUCGGGUCCAACGAAUGUGAGCUGCUCACCUCAGUUGUGUAGCUCCCCGGACAGUGACAUGUGGAGAGGCACUAGUAUCGCUUCCCUGCGCCGCAGAGCACUUGAGCACUCCGUUUCGAUGAGUUUCACCUAAUUUGAGCAUCCAAUAUGUCUUUUCUGUCACUGCAAACCCCAAGUAUUCCUGAAAAACAGUCACGGAGCACUCAGGAUAUGAGGUUAUAACUGUGAAAUUACAAAUUGGCAGCCUUACUGGAUGAUGGAAUCCCAACA